AUGAGCCGCGCAGACAAGCGGCAGCAUCGUGACCACAUCGUCGGCACGUCGAAGGAUGUGGCGGUGCGUCUCUACGCCUUCGCCAACACGCGGCCGGGGUAUCAAGUGGUGUUUUCUCCCGAAAAGCCCGUAAUUGUGCUCAAGACGCGGAGGGGGUCCGAGCAUCAACACCCCUGCAGUCAAUGGGCGCCGCUCGCCUCACAUCUGUUUUCGCAGCGGCCCAACACCACACAUGCCAUGUACGUCGCUGACACCACGGCACUGCCUGAGGCGAUGGAGCAGGGGGAGCGCGUCACACCUACGGUUGGCCCGGUUGUCAAGCGUCUCGCGAAUGUGCUGGCCAAACUCAACCCGCAUGAGGCCACGAUGGUCGCGGCGGGUGUGUCGGCCCCGCUUGCCUUCAAGUACGUCAUCAUGGGGGAGAAGAUGCUUGGUCACACAGAUCGUCUUGUGCGUCACCUCAUUCUUCUUUGUCCCGCAUCUGUCCGGCCAUUUCAGCAACUUGCAAGGGAUGCAAACAAGAGAGCUCCUGCAGUGGAUUAUCCCAAGCCUCGGUUGGUGGUAUUGCUGUCGGAUGUGGCCCAGGCAAAGGAAUGGCAGGAAUGGCUCCAUGAUUCGGCGAUGGACACGUGCAGUGGAGUUUCCUUCCUGCUUGACUCGUGGUGCAUUUCAACAAAUCUAAGGCCUUCACUUUUUGAGGCCGUGGCUAGGGAGACGGGCAUCAGCGCGGAUGGCACGACAAUAAAUUUGGAGACACAUUUCAGUGUACCACGUGUGUUUCGCAUUGACUUUGUGUUAAGCAAGGAGACGAAGAAGACAGAGCAGCGGGUCAUGCUCAGUCCGCUGUCCACCACCGGCUGCGACGAUAGCGACGGUGCAGCUGGCUCGGAGACGGAUGAGGUGGCGGCAGCGGACGAAGAGGUGGCCUCAACCGAGGGAAGCGAGGGGUUCUGCUCAGAGGGGUGUCACAGCCCCGCGGAAACCAGCACCGUGUGUGGUAUCAUGACGCUGCAGCAUUGUAGGCACCCAACACGGGUUGUGCUGGAGGCUCGCGUCAUGGACGCUGGUGCCGCAGGUAUUUUGGGCACCACACAGGGUCGAGUGGUGAUGCAUUGCCUUCAGGAGGCUGCAAAGUUGGGUGCCGCCGAACUGAGGGGAUUUAAGUUAAAAAAAGGCUUGGCAGUUCGUGUGGAGUCCAGCCUGGAACGCGAUAAGGCCGGAAGGACGACACUUAAGGCGUUGACGCUUACACCACUCACGAGGAUGCAGGAAAAACGAUCCAUGAUGGUUUGCGCGAUGACAGAGGUGCCAACAUACAACGUUUCCGCUAUCGCCCACGCCUAUGGAGCACUUCUUGUGCGAGGGCGUAAGUGUGUGCUUGUACGUAGUGUUUCUGGAGAGUUUGAUGGCAUGCGAGUGCCAUUUCUGUUACAUGACGAUGCGGAGGAAUCCGCCAUGGAUUGUGCUGUGCGGGCGCUAUGUGAACAGUGUGACAUUAGUCCCGACAAUUUUUACAUUCCAAGCUGCAUCUCACCCGUGUGUUACUAUGACCGCAGCGGUGUUGAUGGGGCGAGUGUAUGCGUGACUCUCUACGUUGCAUUGGCUCUUGCCGCACCGUCUGGUGCUGCCAGGGAUGCAGUGGAGGAAGAUGAAUCCCCAGGUGAGCCGUACGACUGGUUUGGGUAUGCAAAGGCAACCAGCCUGCUACAGACCGAGUCAGAACGAGGGGCACUUCAGGAUCUGCAACGCUGCCUGCGUCGGGCGUAUGAUGCUGGCGUGUACGUGCCACUGAAGGGUUUUGGCGUCUUUGGAGACGAUGUGGUGGGUGCGACGCACUCUUCCAAGGCACCACCGUCCAACUCGUUAGCAGGACUGGAGCUGAUGGUCAUUUGUGCGCCUGGUGAUACCGAGGGACACACCACGCAACUUGCGAAGGAACUCACGACAGAGGUGGUUUUGAGAGUUACGGAGUCAACGUUGCGCGAGGAAAUUGAGCAGGCCGCCCUCACCUCUCUGCGUGAAGGGGCACAUGUUCUCGUUCUCUGCCUCUCUUGUGACGUCGACGUCAAUGCGUUCUCCGAGGAGGAGCUGACGCACUGGUCAGGGCGAGGUGCACGACCGCGAAUUAUGACGCUGCUACUUCCAGGAGUGAGCGAGGCAAUCAUGGAGCAACGAAACGAGGCAGCCGCGACUGCAUUUGUGUACGGUGCCAUGUUAUCGGAUAUGCUUUUGACGGUGGACAGGGACAUGGAGCAAUUCUCCCCCCCAACUUGGGGUCUACUGCGCCUUGCAAGCCAGUUGAACAGUGACCUUGUGCUUUACUGUGGCCUGACGGCACGCCGACUGAUCAAUCUCCCGCCGCGGGUGACGAUGGCUGCUGCAAAUGGUUUGAAUUCGUCAGAGGCGGCACUCCAUGAAAUUGUUGUUAGACGUGUGGGUCGACCUCUCAUGGCAGCGCGUCUUGCACCGCUGCUAGAGGCAGAUGGACUGCGGGAGUGCUGUCGGUAUGCCACAAUUUUAUGGGCACAGGGAGAUAUCUGGUUGGCGAGUCGACCCCACGCACGAGGCGUCUUGACGCUUGACGCCCGUUCCUGCUGCUUUGCACUGGAAGAGGGCGAACCCUGGAAGGAGGACGAGGACGAGGCGGCACGAGAGAAUGUGAUUGUUAUGCACGUGUGGGCCACGCCUGCGGCGCAGAAGGAGUUGGAGGGUGUGGUGGGGGAGGUGCUGGACGGCAUGCUCUACCGCGCUACGCCACUCGGGGCCGAGGCUGCCAGCGAGGAUGGUCUCCCCCCGUGGGACUGA